UUAGGAAGAACAUUGUUAUUAUAAUAAGGCAAAUGGACACCAAGUGUGUUUGUCUCCAUUGAGAUUUGAACAUUAGACGUUAGGUUCUCAACCUGGUAGGUUGACCCCUAGGGUGCACCCUUGGGUGCCUUUGUGUUUGUUAUACUCUUUUAACCACUAUCUGCCGUUUGGUUGAAUGACUGUUAACUAAUGACCUCGGGGGUGGUCUGCCACGCAACGCUACCCUUUUAUUUCGAUGCUGAGUUCAGGAACACAGGAUUAGAAAGGUCAGAGGUCUUAGCAAAGGAUUUGGAAUGGUUUAGGCAGCAAGGUCAUGCCAUCCCGGAACCGUCAACUCCUGACGUCAGCUAUGCUCGUUACUUAGAGGAGCUAUCGGAAAAGGAUCCUCGAGCAUUUAUUUGUCAUUUUUACAACACCUACUUUGCGCAUUCAUCUGGAGGUCGCAUGAUCGGGAGAAAGAUAGACAGAGGGCGUUCCAGACCUUUGGGUUCGGGAAUACUCGUCACGGCCAGGGCCCCGGUUCGGGUCGUGACACAUCCAUCAGACAUUUUUGAAGAGUCCGAGCAACAUAGGUUUCACAUGGAUGUGAGGGUGGAUAGUUUAGUUCAUACCACAACAAUACACUUCUGUCAUAAACAACUUAGUUCAUAGUUCUUCGAAUUUUCUGAAUUACAUUUUUCUCCUUCUUACCAUAUUGUCGUUCGAUCCCUUUUACUCGUUUGUACUUCCAACUUUGAUGGAUCGUCGAAAUAUUACUAGUUCCUGUCUUUAUCAUCACUUAGUCCUAACAUCAACUUAGUCUGUUGAAAUCAUGAUUACAGUUGCAAACAAACUACACAACAUUGUAAAAAUGAAACUUCCAGUAUUCAUCACUGUUAAAAAUGUCAGGCGGACGAUAAAUUCAGAUCAGAAGAAAUGUAACAUGGAGUAAUCCUAAACUGUCGAGAAAUAGUGUUGUCGUAGAAGUUGUGGUCGUCCUAUUGCAUUGUUUCUUUUCCUUCUUAGACCUAUGAACGUUAAAGGAAAAAAGGUAAC